AGGGUUUAGUUGAUUUUGUCUUCUUUCUUCAUCACCAAGCUUAAUUAACAAGUGAUAAUGUCUUCAUCUCCUUCUUCUUGGCCUCUGGUACUGUUGGUAGCAUUGUGGUGCAUGGUGGCGAGAGAAUCACACGGAGCUUCUAACAAUGUAAAAGUGGGAAGCAUUUCAAAGGUGGAAGAUGCUGAGAACUUCCAUAUAUAUUAUGGACAAACCUUCAAAGUCAUCAAGAACGCCAUUGAUGGCAAGAGCUAUCUCCUUAUUCAGAACACCUCUAGAAUGGCCGUUCGGACAAAGUAUUGUACCUCCAGGAUUAAGUCCUAUGUGAUUCCACUUCUUAACUACUCAGUAGACACUCAAUCUUCUCAAGGAGGCGUUCCAGUUUCUUUCUUCGAGCUACUUGGAUUACUCGGGAGCUUGAAGGGAAUAACAUCAGACGCUGUAGCUUCACCGUGUCUUCUGAAACUGUGUGAGGCAGGCGAAGUAGUUAAGCUUGACAAAGGUGCAGAAGAAGUGUCUCAAUUCGCAGCACAUUUCAUCAGCGACACCGAUCAAAUUCAGACUUGCAAUUUCGCAAACUUUUUUCCACUAAGUGAAGGCACACCUCUUCAGCGAGCGGAGUGGAUCAAAUUUCUUGGUGCUUUUACCAAUCUAGAAACUAAAGCCAAUCAAGUCUAUGAUGCGGUCAAAGCAAGUUAUACUUGCUUGUCUCAAAUGGCAGCCAACAAGACUAAAUCCUUCAAACCCAUUGUCGCGUGGAUGGAGUACGAUAUAAAUGGAGGGGUUUGGUGUUUUACUAAGGAACCACAUAAGCUAAAGUUUGUAGAAGACGCCGGCGGUGAAAAUAUCGAUACAUCUAUAAACAAAGUCACUUACAAUGUCUCUGAUCCUGAUGAUCUGGAAGCACUUCAUGCCAUUUUAUGCACUGUGGAUGCGGUGAUUGAUGAAACACUAUCAUCUGACCCUCAGAAUUACACACAGAAAACGUUCUUGGAGAACAUAAACCUGGAGGAUAACUCAUGUUUUGCGUUUAAUCAGAGCAUAUGGAGAUAUGACAAAAGGGUCAGAAAUGGAACAACUCUUGACUGGUACGAUGGAGCAAUCUCGCAACCAAAUCUGGUACUGGCUGACAUUGUUGAAGCCUUGUUUCCAACUGGAAACUACACAACUUCCUUUUUCAGAAACAUUGCCAAGGGUGAAGGAGUCAUAGACAUUAGUCCCGAUAUGUGCGAUAGAGAUGCAUCCUUGCCGUUAGUUCCUAUCAUUCCAGCCUGUGGAUGAUAUUUUUCAAUACCUUCACGGCUCUUCAAUAUUUCCCUAAGAAAGGCCAAUGAUUUUAUUCAAUUUCAUUAGCUCUUAGCGAUUUUAAACUUGUCAAAGAUUACUGAGGAAUCUUGCAUUAGACAAAAUGGGAAGUCAGUCUAAUAUGACUGCCAGACAAACAAUAAUAAUCAACAAAUUUACAUUUUCCUAUCUCGUUUUUAAUUCCUUGUGUAAUCACACAUAUUAUAUGUUGUAUUUUAUGGAAACGACAUUUUAAC